AUGAACACCCGUUUCAAGAACCUAGUGGGUUCGAAACGAAAGAGUUCCUCACACAACCCUUCGCCCACUCCCCAGAGCAAUCCCGCCCCCACAGGCACCCAACGACCAACCUCGCUGUCCCCCCAGGCCUCGUCGAGCAGCUCGUCGCUCCCCAUGAAUCCUCAAAACCCGCUGGGCCGCCCGCCCUCGUACACAUACGCCCCUCCUGGCGGACUCGGUGCGCCGCAACAACAGCACGGCCGACCUACGAGCCCUCUACCGCCCAUCAACACGGGCGCGCCUGGCUACCCUCCCCAGCAGACGCCCAUGGGCUACCCGCCGCAGGGUGGUCCGCCUGGCUACCCUCCCCAAGGGCCGCCUGGACAAUACGGCCAGGGCUACGGUGCACCUCCGCCUGGAGCUCCUGCCCCUCAUGGUGCGCCCACAUCAUACAACAGGCCCUCGGGCAUGGCAGAAGUAGCCGGCGAAGGUCGUUCCAAGGCUCAGCUCAUUGUUGGCAUCGACUUUGGCACUACCUUCUCAGGCGUCGCAUUCGCCUUUGCUACCAACACCGAGGCCAAGGAAGACAUCAUCACCGAAUGGCCUGGCGCCGGUAACCAGACAAAGCAGAAGAUUCCCACCGUCCUCUACUACGACCAGUACCAGAAAGUAGUAGGAUGGGGCCCUGACAUCGCCGAUGCUUUGGCCCCCACGGGCUACCCCAAGCCUGGUGUGCAAAAGGUCGAGUGGUUCAAGCUGCAGCUCAUGCUGUCCGGAAACACAUACAUCGACCCCAUCAACCUCCCACCGCUACCUCCUGGCAAGUCUGAGAUCGAUGUCGCCGCCGACUACCUCUUCCACCUGCGCCAGGCAAUGCGCAACCAGCUGCAAAAGACGCUUGGUGAGGUUUUCAACCGAGAGGAGCGCAACAUCAGAUACUACCUCACGGUACCUGCCAUCUGGAACGAUGCUGGAAAGGCUGCAACGCGCGCGGCUGCCAUUCAGGCUGGUUUCUUGCGGGACGAAAACGACAACAGAUUGACACUCAUCACCGAACCCGAAGCCGCCGCCAUGUUCUGUUCAAAGACUGGUCUGCUCAACCUCAAGAUACACGACGCCGUUCUCAUCGUCGAUUGUGGUGGUGGAACCGUCGAUUUGAUUGCCUACGAAGUCGAAGAAGAGCAGCCCUUCUCCGUCGCCGAGUGCACAGCUGGAUCCGGAGACUCGUGCGGUUCCACUGCGCUCAAUCGCAACUUCAGCAACAUUCUCCGAGCCAAGAUCAGGAAGAUGAAACUCCCAGAUGGUUCCAAAACCGCCGGCAAGGUGUAUGCCAAGUGUAUCAUGGAUUUUGAGAAUAGGAUAAAAGCCGAUUUCCGAAACAAUGGUCAGAAAUGGGCCGUCGACGUUGGUAUCGAGGCAGAGUUCCCCGAGGCUGGCAUCGAAGAAGGGUAUAUGACUUUCACGAACGAGGAGAUUCUGCAGUGCUUUGAGCCGGUUGUGAACCGUAUCCUUGAGCUUGUCAGGAAUCAGAUCAUCGCCAUUCAGGCACAGAACCGGUCAUUGCAGAACGUCUUGGUUGUCGGUGGUUUUGGAGCCUCUGAAUACCUCUUCCAACAAAUCAAACUCCACGUCCCACCUCAGUUUCAAUCAAAGGUCGUCCGCCCCAUGGACUCUGUCGCCGCCAUCGUCAAGGGAGCCGUCACAGCAGGUAUCACCGAGCGUAUCGUCACACACCGUGUUGCACGUAGGCAUUACCUCAUGGCAACUCUCCAACCCUUCAAAGAGGGCCACCACCCCGAACAAUACCGAGUCCCAUCUCUUGACGGCAAGGAUCGCUGCAAGUACACACGCCAAAUCUUUGUGCAAAAGGGACAAAGAGUCAAGAUCGGCGAGCCGGUUAAAGUCUCGUUCUUCAGACAAGUUGCACCCGGCGCUACACUUAUGUACGAGGAUAUACUCUAUGCGUGUGAUGACGAUGUUUGCCCAGAAUACACCAAAGACCCUCGUAUCAAGGAAGUUGUCACACUCACUUCUGAUCUCUCACGAAAGAAUCUCGAAAAGGAUUUUGAACGCAUGGACACGCCCCAAGGUACUUUUUACCGUGUCUACUUUGACAUUUACCUUACUCUCGAUGGCUCGGAGUUCAAUGCCGAGCUGGUUUGCCAGGGCGAGGUCAUGGGCAGGUGUACUGCGCGAUUCAGGUAG